ACGGAGCACACAUCUUUGUUUUCGACGAUAAAUAUCGCUCCUAUCCUAUAUAAUAGGCUACGAACGGAAUUAAAAAAAGAAAUUUGUGGUGCUAGAUGAAGAGAAUAUUGACAAGUAGGAGUGGGAGGGAAAUGUAUGGCCCCAAAUGGCAGAAUAUGGAAUCAUCAACUAGUUCCGAAAAUAAGGAUGAUGAUGAUGCACUUCAUUCAGCUUCCACUCAAACAACUACUGCACCACCGCUACCCCUCACUCCAACUCCCCAAGGGAUUAGUAGACGAAGAAUUAAUUGUCUUUCAAAUAGUCAUGAAUCAAUGUACAGAGCUACACUAGAGGGUGAUUGCGUAGCUGUUGAAAUGCUUUUGGAGGGAGAUCCGAAAUUAGCAAGUGAUGAGAUAAGUGAAGAGGGAGAUAGAGCUCUUCAUGUAGCUGCUGCCAUCAAACACAAACAAAUCGUGCGAAAACUAGUCGAGAAACUGAGUGCAAGUGAGUUAGCAUUGCUGGACGGGCAUGGCUACACAGCAUGUUGCUAUGCCGCGCUAUCGGGAACAGUAGACAUUGUUGAUUUAAUGAUGAGAAAGAAUUCAAGUCUUGCCACUGCUCGCGAUUGGGAAAAUACGACACCCCUAUACAAGGCAGCUUUCCGUGGAAAUGCGAAGAUGGUUUCGUAUUUUCUUGGAUCUGCUAAACUUGAGGAUUUGUCAAUAGAAGAAUGGUUUGAUCUUUUACUUGUGACUAUACGGCGCGAAAUGUACGACGUGGCUUUAAAAAUCUCGGGGAGUAAUGAACAACUUGCUACAAUGAGGAAUGACGAAGGAACAGCUUUGCAUUUGUUGGCUAAACAGAGUCUCUUCGGGGAUAGUAAUUGACCUCCAU